ACAGCGGGCUCUGAGUCAACUGGCACGACAGAGGGCAUCGGGUCACCAGGUAUGACAGUGGGGCACCGGGUCAUCUGGCUCGACAGCGGGCAUUGGGUCACCAGGUAUGACAGUGGGCACUGGGUCAUCAGGCAUUGGAUCGUCUGGCUCGACAGCGGGCAUCGGGUCACCAGGCAUGACAGCGGGCACUGGGUCAUCAGGGAUUGGAUCGUCUGGCUCGAGAGCGGGCAUCGGGUCACCAGGCAUCAGGUCAUCUGGCUUGACAGCAGGCACCGAGUCAUCUGGCAAGACAGUGGGCAUCGGGUCACCAGGCAUGACAGCGGGCACUGGGUCAUCGGGCAUUGGAUCGUCUGGCUCGACAGCGGGCAUCGGGUCACCAGGCAUGAGAGCGGGCACCGAGUCACCUGGCAUGAUAGGAUCAUCAGGCUGAAUUGCGGGUGCCGAGGCACCAGGCUGAACCACGGAAGGCGGGUUCUC